ACACAGUGCACUUGACCGGAGCUGUCAGAAGCAAAACAAAACAAGGUCGUUUGGUUGUGAAAAAUCCACUUUUUCCACUCUGUUCGCAGCUAAAACCACUCAAAUCGUGUUGAGAGACGCGCGGCGGAGGAUGGACAAGAAGAAGAGUAUAUUUUUAGAAUCAGAUUCAUCGAUUCUCGAGGAGAAUUUGCGAUUUGUCAAGAACGACUUCGAGGAGGAGAUCAACACAAUGUUCGGUCAAUCAGACGCUAAUUUGCCCCCACUCAGCGCACAGCAGUUCAAGAUUGUGAAGCCACAGCCAGGAUUCUGCAUAAAGGCGUUCAGGGCGGAAAAUGCGGGGAAGUUGUUCAUCAACAUCUGCCAAACCGAGGAUAUUCCAGCGCCCAAGGAUAUCACAGAGGAGGAAUUGAUGGACAUUCUGAAUUCCGAUGCGCCACACUCGUACAGAAUCCCGAUGAGCAUCGGUGAGCCGAGAGGGACGAAGGAUAAGUCAGGGAAUGAUGCGAUGGUGUGUGAUAUUGCCAUCAACAGUGAGUUCUUCGUGAAGGUGGAGAAGCUGAAGCUCUUCCGGGACUUCCUCUCGGCCGUUGUGUUCGAGGCGGUGGACGUGAAGUAUGAAAUGCCGUGUGAGGACAACAAUUGGGUGAUUCUGAAGAAUAGAAAGUGCGUCGGAACGCUGUCGACGCAUCGCAUUGAGAACAGAGAUGUGAAGAUUGCCAAGGAUCACCAUGCGGUGGGUGAUCAGCGUGGAAAACCACUGAUUCAGGAGGUUGACGCCGUGACGACGACAAAGGGUGCAAAGCAGAUGAGCAAUAAGAAGCAACAAGAGGCGGAACACAAGCCGAAUCCCACUAAAUUGGCAGUUUCGCAGGCGAACACCAAGAAGCCGAGCUACAGAAUCAUCGUGGAGCCCCGAGAGGGUGAUGUGAGGCAAGUGGUGGCGGAAUUUCACAUGCCAGAGUGCGUGACGGCCAGUGAAAUUGCCCUGGAUGUUGGCGAGGACAGGAUUCUCGUGGAGGCGAGGAAGAGAGGAUAUCUUAUUGAGGGAUUUCUCAACUAUCAGCUCAAUCAGGAGGCUUCCAAGGCUGUCUUUGACACUGGCAGAGGCGUUCUCACCGUCAGCAUUCCUGUCCAGCAGUAACGAACAAAGAUAUUCAAAUUCCGAAGCCUUGCAAAGGUCCAACCGAUUGAUGCCGUUGCUAAGAUUCACCAAUGAGUCAUCU